AUGUUUGAGAUCUUCACCGACGGUAUAACGUUACUAAAUAUUUUAUCGAUAUUCGCUUUUUUUAUCACCGUGGGAUUAUUUCUCAGUUGCAUAGGUAUUUGCCGACAAAUAUGGAAGAGAAAAGAUACGAAAGAAAUAAGUGGAGGACCAUUUACUAUGGGAGUCAUUGGAGGUUCUUGUUGGUGGACAUAUGGGCAUCUCAAAAAUGAUAAGACAGUACUUGCUGUUACAAGUGUUCAAAUUCUUCUUUAUUCAUCCUAUUUGAUAUUCUAUUGGAUAAUGUCUAAGAAAAAGACCAAAUCGUCGCUGAUGGUUGGAAUUGUUUUAAUUGUAAUCACAAUAUUAUACUUACUUAUUAAACUAUUUGAGACGAGAGCUCGACAUCCACUAGGCAUUAUAUGUCUUCUUCUUAAUACAUUUGAUUUUGGAACACCUCUUCUAGGAUUGAAAUAUGUCUUGAGAAAUGGUUCAACAAGGACACUUCCACUACCUCUUUGCACCGCGAAUUAUCUUGUUUCAGCAAUAUGGUUUGCCUAUGGUGCACUAAAGGAAGAUAUAUAUUUAAUGAUUCCCAAUGGAUUCGGCUCAGUUCUUUCCUUUGGACAAUUACUACUUUUUGUUAUUUUUCCUCGCAAAGAGGGCCAACAAAGUCCAUUGAGGAAAAUUCUUGCACUGGGAAAUCGUAGCAAGAUAGAAGAUAUGGAACCUGAUUCUGUCAAAGUGAUUGAUGGUGAUGGCAACAAACUUGCUCAAAAGCAGAAUUGGUCUGUGAGAAUCAUAGCUAAUGUUACCGAUGAAUUCGAUAGGUUAUUCGAGAAGCAAAUAGUUAAAAAGCAGUCAGUUUUUGGUUAA